CCCCUUUCAACAAGUCAAAGGUUAUUUCAAGACCCACAGUAUAUCGCUCAUCCCUCUUUCCCCCUCCCCUCCCCUUCCCUCCCCUCUCCUCCCGUCCCCUCCAAAAAUGAUGAACACUUCCUAAAAUGACACCAACAACCAAAAACAUUGUUUAGGUGAGACAAGUUGACUGCAAAAAUCUGUUCAUCUCUUUUCUCUUUAUUUCUUUUUUUUUUUUUUUUAGGAAAUGGGAUUCCCAGUAGGAAGCUCAGGAACAUCAAUUUUAUCCAAAAAAGAAGAAAUCAACAGAGACGAUGAACCAGAGGAAAUUCAAAUACCUGAAUGUGUAAUGAGCAGAAUAGAGCCUUUACUUGUUGUMUCAAAUCUAACAAUGGAGAAAAUUACUAGCAAAUGUCAAAGCACGUUAUCCARCAGGGUGUAYGAGCACCCAUCACAGGAGGACACUCAUCAAAAAUGUUCCUUACAUCAGUCUAGUGCUGUUUGUGGAAAUGAUAAGGAGAUUUAUGAUGUUUUUACUGGUGGAAUUCUAAAAAAAGACGAGGACAGUGUGCAACUGAAUAAAACUUUAUUGAAAGAGUUGUCUGACUUACAAAAAAUAAAUAGUCCAAUGAUGAGACAAAUACGAGAAAGUACAGAGAACCUUCCAGUCACAAAAAUGAGAAAUGAAGUAACUAACUUAAUCAAUAGCAACCARGUAGUUCUUGUGUCUGGUGAGACAGGAUGUGGGAAGACAACCCAGGUCCCUCAGUUUGUCUUGGAUGAUGCCAUUAAAAAGGAAAAGGGUUCAUCCUGUAAUAUUAUUGUCACACAGCCUCGCAGAAUAGUUGCUAUGUCAAUUGCAGAAAGAGUGGCUAAAGAAAGGGGCCAAGAACUUGGGAAAAGUAUUGGCUAUCAGGUACGUAUCGAAUAGAUCAAAAGAGCAUUUUA